GAAUUAAGAAAAAGGCGAACGCGGACUUUUGCUCUCUUUCGUUCUUUUUUUACCUUCCAAAUUUCACAGAUUUUGUUCACGAUCGGCCUUCGAUCUUCCCUCGAAUCCCAUAAUUGUCGCCCAAUUCGGUCUUCCCUUGUUUCUCUCUCUCGAUUGGUACCGAUUUCGUCCUCUUUCGAAACCAACGAUCAUUUCUAGGGUUUGCGUCUCCUUCCGCUCGACGGGUCUCGAUUUUUCCUCGAUCUUUGAAUCGGUUUCGUUAAUUAGGCUGUUUGAGUUGGUUUCUAUGUUUGCCCCAUACUGAUUUUUGACGAUAGGUUCUUUGGUCGGUAAGAUCUUAUCUAUGCUUGUCACUUCUAGGGUUUGGGUUCCCAUUCGUUAAUCAGGUCUCGUAUCCUUCUCGAUCUCGAAUCGGUUUCGUCAAUAGGUUUCUCGAAUAGGUCUCUAUCAUUGCCCUAAAUUGAUUCUUCCUGAAGAAUUGUUUGACGGUAAGAUCUAAAUCUAGGGUUAGAGUUUUUUCAGACGUUCUUAUAUUUUUUACUCUUUUCCCUUGAGUUUUUAUAUAAAUUAAUCUUUUUUUGAAUUUGAACGUUUCCCUCUCGUGCCUCAAUCUUAUUCUCACAGCAGAGGAUCUCGGCCAGGUCUCUUCUUCUCGGGAAAUUUCCUCAUUUGACUCUUUUCUUUGGUCAAAUCCCAUUCUUCUCAGCUCGUUUGUCUGUUGAAACAUUUCCUCAUUUUUAUCAUAAUUCUUCUAUCAGUCUAAUUGUAUUUGUAUAUUCCACUUCAAGUGAGCGAGCUCUUUUGCUGGAUUUCUCAUUAAAGGAUAAAGAUGGUGUUCAACCAUGUUGAUGCAUGUUUUCUCAACCAAUUUGCUCAUGUAGAUGGAAGACAUCUUUCUUGUGAUAAUCAAAUCACACAACCUUUUGAACAUUCUCUGUAUGGGGUUGCGGCUUCUGAGGAACUUGCUUCAGGCAAUAAUACCAGGGAAGUUGUUUUGUCUGAUAAAGACAAAAGGCGUAUUUCGGAGGAUGAGUCUUGUUUACAAGCAAACAAGCGUUCAAAACAGGCUGAUCAAGAUUUGCAGUCAAGUUCUUUUGAAGAAAUUUGCCCCAGUACUGCUCAGCAGCCAUCUCCAGGUGUUCUUGAGGACGAGAAGGAUCAUCAGGUGGUUGUUGGUGCUGAGGAAUUUGCUACGGAAGCAAAGAGCAGUCAUUGGUUUGCUCAAGAUUCACCCAUCAGGCCACCUUUCUGUCCGGGUUCUUCUGGAUAUGGCUCUCGAGCAUCUGAGUUUGAUCACUGCGAAGAGAUAUGUUUGCCUGUUUAUUAUGGAUUCAUCCGGAAGCGUGUUGCUAUCGGUGGCAAUCAUCAAGCUGAUAUUCCAGUGUGGAGGCCUUAUGAAUUUAAGAAUCAAUCAAGGGAUUCUGCAAACUGUGCUUCUCAAUGGACCUCAGUCACAAUUUCUUCAUGUGAUAAUCUUGAAAUUGUCAGCAACAAAUGGCUUGGGACACGGGUAACACCUAUGCCUGAAUCUUCUUUGCUCGCCUCAGACGAUGUAACUUUGCAUCGCAAGAUGGAUUGUAGUUGUAUAGAUGAUGGCUCGAUCAGAUGUGUGAGACAGCAUGUUUCAAGAGCAAGAGAAAUGAUCAAACAAGAUGUUGGCCUUGAAAGAUUUGGAGAAUUGGGUUUUGGCAAUAUGGGCGAGAUCGUGGCUCAAAGAUGGACUGAAAGGGAGGAACAACUUUUCGAAGAAAUUGUGUCUUCGAAUUUUGUCUCGCUGGGCAAGAACUUCUGGAAUAAAAUGCCUGUGUUUUUCCCCGACAAAAGUAGCAAAGAGCUAGUGAGCUACUACUUCAAUGUAUUCAUGCUCAGAAGGCGAGCAGUCCAGAACAGGUUAGACCCACUGCACAUUGACAGUGAUAAUGAGGAAUUGCAAGAAAGUGAAGAUGGUGAAUUUGUAUCAGAAGAAGAUUCUGACGUGGAGUCGCCUGUUGCAGAUGAAAGUGUUGUCGACGAAGAAGAAGAAGAUCUUAAUGAAAUGGAAACCGUUGAGGAAAUUGAUGGCGCAGAGAAUUGCCACAAUUACGAGCUUGCUCUAUAUGACGACGAGAAAUGUUCCUGCGGAGAUGAGUCGACUCUUGUGUCUGGGACACAAUUUCCUGGAAGCAAGUUGCCCUCAUCUGGGGAUUAUGAUAUUCAGGACGAGUCGUGCACAUCUUUUGAAGGUCAGCACAAUGGGACCAGUUUCAUGGACCUUCCUAGUAUGGAUCCAUUUCCGCGAGGCAGGAUCAAAGAUGACGAUAUGAACUUGAUCUACAAAAAUGACCAGAACGAUGGGUUCUUGGAUGAGCAUUGUAACCUUCAAGCUUGGGAUAUGAGCUAUAGCAGUGGUGGAUCAGAGAAAGAUGGGCUCUUGUCGACAGUCAAUGUGAUAGAGGAGGUAUUUGGGAAAGAUGAGUGUGAGAAAUGAACACUAAGGCAUGUUUCUCAUGGUUUAAGGCUUUAAGCCACUAUAAAUUAAAUUAAAUUCCUUGAUUAUAAUGUAGUUGAGGAAACAGUCCAGCAAUGAUAAGCAGAUUGAACGAUCGUUCAUGAACUAGUUUGAUAUCAGGCUUUCGAUUU